AUGGGAGAUAAACGAGUGAUCCUUAACAAGGAUCAUUUCUUCCAGAGAGCAGAGCGUCUCUAUGAGCAUUGGGAAAGCGGAGAAGAAGGUCUCGAUUCGGUGAAGUCUCUGGCCGUGGUAUAUGGCGACAGUGAUAAUCCAUACACAAAGUCUAGCGCCCUUCACUCAUGGCUCUUCGGACAUGAAAUAAACGACACAGCCCUUUUGCUUCUCAAAGAUCAUAUUUACAUACUUGGUAGUAAUCGCAAAGUUGACUUUUUCGGAUCGGUUAUCGGUGAUCAGUUUCAUGGAAGAGUACCACCAGUCAGUACAAUGCUUCGUGAUAAAACCGAUAAGGAUGCUGCAAAUUUCGUGAAGCUUAUCGACCAUAUCAAACAAGCUGGAGGAGAACUUGGUGCAUUUGUUAAGGAGAAAUUCAACUCGGACUUUGUAAAUGCGUGGAACGAUGCACUCAAGGCAGAAGACAUCAACAAAGUUGAUGUUACUCUUGCAUUCACUCAUAUGUUCUCAGUUAAAGACGAUAAAGAAGUCGAAUUGAUGCGCAAGUCAGCUCAAGUCACUUCCGCUUCGUGGACUGCGGCUAGAGGAAGAUAUGUCGAGAUCAUCGAUCAAGAAAAGCGAGUCCGCCACUCUGUCCUAUCCAGUGAAUUCGCCGGAUACAUGAAAGAUUCAAAAGUUCAACAAUCAAUGGCCAAAUAUGGCGCAGAAACAUGCUAUGAGCCGAUCGUUAUGUCUGGUGGCAACUACUCUUUCAAGUGGAACCACGAAAGCUCAGAAGCUCAUCUUCACAGCCAGUUUGGCACAAUCAUCACUUCUUUCGGUGCUCGACUCUCCGAUUACUGCACAAACUUGACUCGUACUAUGUUGAUCUUCCCAUCAACUGAGCUGGAAGCAGCAUAUGAAGCAAUUCUUGCUGCCGAAUUGGCAGUUAUCGCUGCAUUGAAGCCAGGAGUCAAACUAAGUGACGUUUACAAAAUCGGAGUUGAUACUCUUACUGAAAAAAAUCCGAAAUUAACUGAGACUCUUAAUAAGAAAGAAUUGGGAUUCGCAACUGGAAUCGAAUUCCGCGAGAGUCGGUUGUCGAUCAGUGCAAAAUGUGAGGAAACUGUAAAAGCCGGAAUGGUUUUCAUAGUAUACAUCGGAGCUGACAACAUUCCAAACAAAAACAAAGGAGAAAAGGGAAAGCCAGCCGCUAUCGCCAUUUCGGAUACCAUUCUGGUUAAGGCUGAGGGAGAGAACGAAAUCCUUACCGAGAAGGCUAAAUCACGUCUGAAGUCGAACGUUAUCAAGUUCAAGGAGGAGCAAGAGAACAGAGAGGCUGAAAAAGAAUCUGAUCAGAAGAAAAUGCUCGGUAGAGGACAGCGAAGUGUGGUUCUCAAUGAUCAAACAAGAAAUAAGACUACCAAUGAGGAGCUUCGCAAAGAACGCCAAAAAGAACUUGGAAAGCAGUUGAAUAUUGAUGCGAAAGCUAGACUUUCAAAACAAGAUGGUGGAACUGACGAGAAGAAAGUAAAGAAAUCCAAUGUUUCGUACAAGAACGAAGAAAGAUUCCCACAAGACGCUGACAUUCAGAAAAUGUUAAUUUUUGUUGACCGAAAGUACGAUUCGGUUAUUGUGCCAAUUUUCGGAAUUCCCGUUCCUUUCCAUAUCUCUAUGAUAAAGAACUGCUCCCAAUCGGUUGAAGGCGAUUUCACGUAUCUCCGUAUCAAUUUCGCUACUCCAGGAUCGCAAGUUGGCAAAGACAAUGGACAGUUUCCACACCCACUUGCUCAUUUCAUGAAAGAACUUACUUUCCGUGCUAGCAACAUCAAAGAACAUCAUAGUGAUGCCUCACCUCCAAGCAGUAAUUUGAGUACUGCUUUUCGUCUCAUAAAGGAAAUGCAAAAGCGAUUCCGUACAGAGGAAGCUGAAGAGCGCGAGAAGGAUGGAGCAGUGAAACAGGAUAAACUCAUUUUGAGUCAAAAUAAGUUGAAUCCCAAGCUCAAAGAUUUGCUUAUUCGUCCAAAUAUCAUCCAAAAGCGAAUCACAGGAUCCCUCGAAGCUCAUACUAAUGGUUUCAGAUACACUUCUCUUCGUGGUGACCGUAUUGAUGUACUCUACAAUAACAUCAAACACGCAUUCUUCCAACCAUGUGAUAACGAGAUGAUCAUUCUCCUCCAUUUUCAUCUCAAAAAUCCUGUGAUGUGGGGAAAGAAAAAGUACAAGGACGUACAAUUCUAUACCGAAGUUGGAGAAAUCACCACCGAUCUCGGAAAGUAUCAUCAUAUGCAAGAUCGUGAUGAUAUGCAGAGUGAACAACAGGAGCGUGAAAUGCGUCGUCGUCUAAAUACUGCUUUUAACAGUUUCUGUGAAAAAGUUUCUCGCUUGACGAACGAUCAGUUCGAAUUUGAUUCUCCAUUCUCAGGACUAGGAUUCUUCGGAGUACCGUAUCGUUCAGCAACAACUCUAAAGCCAACUGCAUCGUGCCUUGUGAAUCUGACUGAAUGGCCGCCUUUCAUUGUUACACUGUCUGAAGUUGAACUUGUUCACUUCGAACGUGUCUCCUUACAACUUAAAAACUUCGAUAUGGUGUUCAUCUUCAAAGACUACAAAAUGAAGACUCAGAUGGUUGCCCAGAUUCCAAUGAGUAGCAUUGACAAGAUCAAAGAGUGGCUUCAUACUUGUGAUAUUUGGUACAGUGAAGGAAUUCAAUCUCUCAAUUGGGCCAAAGUCAUGAAGACUAUCACUGACGAUCCAGAUGACUUCUUCGAGAACGGUGGAUGGAGUUUCCUUGAUUUGGAGUCGGACAAUGAAGAUGCUAAUGAAGACUCUGACGAAUCAGAUGCAUAUGAUCCGGAAGAGGAAGAUGUAUCUGGUGGUGGUUCGUCCAGUGAAAGUGAUGAAGAUGAAAGUGAAGGAGAAGAAACUGAGUCAGAUGAUGACGAAGAAGGGUCUCUGGACUCGGAUGAAUCGGAAGGAAAAGACUGGUCAGAUCUUGAGGAAGAGGCUGCCAAGGCAGACAAAAGACGUGAAGUCGAAGAUCUUCAUGGUGGCCACGAUCGUGACCGUGAUCGCAAGAGACCACAUUCAAGCAAAGCCGGGCCUUCACACAAGCGCAGGAAGUAG